CUCUCAUCGCGUGGUUGCAACCUUUCCCGAUCACCAGUCUGGAGCUGCUGCAAUCGCGAGUGGCAUGGCAUGGCAUGAGCGAUUCUCAGUCCGUGGAUGGAGCUCUGGUCUCACCUGAAGGUCGAUCGGCCCGUGUCAACCUUUGAGGAGAGUGUUUCACUCUGCUGAGGCCCCAGCGAAGUCUCCGCGACGACGAGGAGGACCUCGUUUGUCACCAGAUGAUGGAAAUCGACCUCGAUCCUGCCGCGUAGCAAUCUACCCGAGGACAGAAUAGAAAUCAUCAUCCGAUUUCAUCUUCGGACGCUUCCUACUCCCUGCCUCGCGCAGUUUCGUUCCCUGAGCAAAUUCUGGAACUCGUCGAUCCUGUCGUCCGAGUUUUACCGCCAGCUGCCUCGAGAAACUCGGGAUCCACCUCAUGCCCCCAAAAGUGUCUUCGGUACAUGUGACAAAGGCUUGAUCAUGACUCUGGACGCCGGAAAAUCCAGAUGGCUUCGGAUCUCGCUCGGGUUUUUUCUAAAACCUCAAUCCCUCAAUCGGCAUCGGGAUCGAGACACGCACUCGGCUCUGGACUCACUGCAGUUCGUGGCGACGGAUAGAGGGCUUCUGUGCCGGUCGACGAGCACCUAUGGCCACAUGAUCGUCUGUAAUCUGGUAACAAAGAGUUGGAAGGAUUUGUGGCUGUCUCCAUCGUUCGGACAGAAGGAACUUAUUUCGUAGAAUGGAUCGAGAACUGGAAGGAAAAAACAUGGAAGACUUCCUGGUGGGGAUGGAGGCGUCGAGAGAGACGGGACAGUACAUAAUUGUGGUCGCAGGUCUGCGCGAGGAUGCGGACGGGUAGAGGGAGUAGGCGAUUUACAGCUCCGCCGCAAAGCCAUGGAAGAUGAUCGCUGCCUCGUUUAUAGAUCCCUCGCUCCUGGGUCCUGGUGAUCAGUUCUACGUCCAACCCGUAAAACGACGACCGGGUUCCUCGUUGACCUGCGAUGGAUAUAUUCAUUUCCUGCUGAAGUACGAGCAAGUGCACACGGUGGGGAUCGUCUGGCGGCUGCUGGAUUUCGACUCGAGUAACGAUCUUCCCACUUCCUAUGUGCACUGGACGUGGUCCGGACAGAGAACACAACACAAACUAAACUGUAUAGUCGCAAAUAAAAAACACAGAAUUGUGGAAAAUCAAACGGAUAGUAUAAAAGCCGCUAGCGCACUAUAGAGCAUAAAUAUUAAUACAAGUUACAAUAUGAGUUACACCUGAACUCAACGUCUAAUCAAAGCUUGGCGCUACUGGUGAAGACUGAAAAACAAAGGAGUCCAGAGUCCUUAUAUAGCAAAAAAAAGUCAUAGCAGCCUCGUCAUAGUAACCGUUCACUCUCUACUAGACAUGGCAGCUCUAAAACUAUACAAGUGUCACCUCUAAAACUGCUAAAACUGACCGUUGAGCCC